CUAGCAACAACGUCGCCAUAGCAGCCUGAUUGGUUACAAACACAUAUAAAAAGACUUUGUACAGUAGACCCCUUCAAGUUAUCAAUCAAGGACCUUUGUCUUUAGCCUCAAUACCUUCCUCGGGAUCACGUAGGAUUUUUAUCUUUUCUCCAAGAUUCUUAAGAAGACAAAAUUCCUUUGGAGAGUGAUUACGCAUCGUCAUCAUCAUCAUCUGAGAAAAUGGCUUCUCCCAAGAACAUCGCUGUUCUCUGCCUUUCGAUUUGCAUCAGUGCCUUUCUGUCUGGGAUUUGUGAAGCUCAAACUACAGCUUUAAACACGGACUUAACCACUUAUACGAGUGCACCAACAACAGCACAGGGCAUACUCUCUACAAAUGUAGCAACAACAAUAGACAUCGCUGAUACAAGUGCUGCAACAACUGAAGCACCGGAUACGACUGAUGCAGGUGUAGCAACAACUUUACAAGACACCACUGAUCCGACAAAUGCUCCAACAACUGAAGCACUGGAUACAACUGAUGCAGGUGUAGCAACAACAUCACAAGACACCACUGAUCCAACAAGUGCACCAACAACUGAAGCACUGGAUACAACUGAUGCAGGUGUAGCAACAACAUCCCAAGACACCACUGAUCCAACAAAUGCACCAACAACUGAAGCACUGGAUACAACUGAUGCAGGUGUAGCAACAACAUCCCAAGACACCACUGAUCCAACAAAUGCACCAACAACUGAAGCACUGGAUACAACUGAUGCAGGUGUAGCAACAACACCCCAAGACACCACUGAUCCAACAAAUGCACCAACAACUGAAGCACUGGAUACAACUGAUGCAGGUGUAGCAACAACAUCACAAGAAACCACUGAUCAAACAAAUGCACCAACAACUGAAGCACUGGAUACAACUGAUGCAGGUGUAGCAACAACAUCACAAGACACCACUGAUCCAACAAAUGCACCAGCAACAUUUUCGGGCAACCCUGAUCCAAGUGCACCAACAACAGCGCCAGACACCCCUGAUCCAAGUGCACCAACAACAGCGCCGGAAACCCGUGAUCCAAGUGCCCCAACAACAGCGCCAGACACCCCUUAUCCAAGUGCACCAACAGCAGCGCCAGUCACCCCUGAUCCAAGUGCACCAACAACAGCGCCGGAAACCCGUGAUCCAAGUGCCCCAACAACCGCCCCAGACACCCCUGAUCCAAGUGCACCAACAGCAGCACCAGUCACCCCUGAUCCAAGUGCACCAACAACCGCGUCAGACACCCCUGAUCCAAGUGCACCAACAACAGCGCCGGACACGCCUGAUCCAAGUGCAACAACAACAGCGCCAGACACCCCUGAUCCAAGUGCACCAGCAACAGCUUCGAAAACCCCCAAUCCAAGUGCACCUACCGAAAAAAAGACUACACCCCAGCCUACUGAAGGUGCCGAUCCUACAACAAGUCCUCCAGAGGAAUCUCUUUCUGCUGGUGCCAUUGCAGGUAUAGUAAUUGGUUCGGUGGUGGGAGCUGGCAUCAUUGCAGCUGGUGUCGGAUACGCCAUCUAUCACUUCAAAACAGUCACACAGGUUGCUCCGGUCAGCAACGAUAUUGAGAUAGCGAACAUAUCAGCGGACAAUGUCGUUGAAAUAAACGACAAGACAAACCUAACACCACCGGAUGACGAUCAACCUUAAAAUUAAUUUAGAGAGAGACAAAAAUUAUGUUAAAUUCGAAGUGGCUACAUGAAAUGUAAUUGGUUUGUACAAUGGUGUGACACGGAAUGGAAUCAAAGGCGUGUAAUCAUCUCUGCGCGGUGACAAGCUGUUCUCGUGAAUCUAGACGCAGGACUGUGCUGCUUGAACACGCAAUAUGUGUCGCAGUUGAAAAUACAGUUUCAGAGUUCAAUUUAUAUACAUUAUUUUGUCUUUGCAGGAAUUUUGCAAACACAAACACAAUAUAUUUUCUCAGUUCAAACAUCUGCUACCGAAAUAAAUGUUGCCAAACUCAAUGAUUUAGUUUUUAUCCCAUAAUUUCGCAAGUUCACAUUCAACGCGCGAAUUAAGUCAUAUGUGGCUUCCCAUUAGUCAUGUUAGUAUUGCUGAUAUGACGUUUCAUAAUCCAUUUUAUUGCUGAAAGUAUGACAUAGAUCAAUCAUGUCAAUAGGGUUCCCUAGAUACAAUAAUACUAUGAUGGGCCGAUCCCGGCAUAAUUCCUUUUCUCAUCUGUAGCUAUAGUUCACAAAAUUAUAUAAUGAUUGAUGACAUAGAAUAUUAAGGACCAAACUCAACAAGUUCGAUAUCAUUCUUUUCGUUACAAGAUGUUCUACCAUGAAUCAAGAUUUAAGGGUGAGAUACUUAAAGUACACUGUUUCUCAUUUCUUUCUUGUGCGGCGAUAUUAAAUUAAAUUGAAAUAUAGAAGGGGCGCAACUUCAACCCGAAUUACACGUCAUUUUUUGGCAACAACAUGUUUUUUACAUGUCAAAUUUUCCUUGGGUACAUGUGCCCAUCCCCCCCCUGGAAAAUCCUGGAUCCGCACUUUCAAACAAAAUAUAUCUUCCGUCAAACUUUUGUGAUAAUACAGCAGCUAAUUUUUAACUGUUUUUAACUGUUGGUGGCUUUAUCAGAAUAAUAGAAAUAGCUUCUUUCCAUCAUGUUCAUAGGAUCUGGAUCCAUUUCUUUUAUUGAAUUGGCUUGUUGAUAUUAGAAAGCAGUUUAUUGUUCUCUGUUUGUUUGUUUUUUCAAGUUCUGACUUAAAAUAUCACCCUCUUUUGCAAAAUAACUCUUCUGUUUGGUUUUAUUCUGUUGUACUUUGUUUAUUGUAAAUAUGAAAAAAGUGUCUUUUAAUACAAUAAUAAUGGUAAUAGAGUAUAUAUAUGUAUAUAUUUGUAAUGUUGUAUUUCAUACAUAGUUGUCACUUGUGCCAAUUAAAUACAUGUUAAUAUUAACUUUUUUUCUGGGACUGAAAGCAUCAUCUAAAGAUAGUAUUCGUAAGCAACCCCAAUUUCAAUCCUUGUUGUAGCUGAGCCACGGCGUGCUUAGUAUAGUAUUUAGAUCGUGUCUGAUCUAGAAUAAACGUAUUUUAAAACUUUGUAGAUGACAAAAGUUUUCACAAUAGAGAUGUAUUAUAUAUCAUAUUAAAUCAUAGAGCUCUCUCUCUCUCCGUCUCUCUUUUAUAAAUUCAACUUCAUAUUAGUGCAGUACAUUCCAUCUUGUAAUUAUCAUUGUAACUCUUUAGUAUGUGGUCAAAUCUAUUUUUUCUCAUUGAAACCAAUUGAGAUAUUUAUGAUUAACUCUAUGCAACAUGCAGGGCACAGAGCGGUUCUCGAGCGUGCUAUCAAUCGAUAUUUUAAAUAUAUAUAUUAGCCCGUCCGAUCUUAUUAUACUAGUAUUGAAAGUAAAUUUAGGGACUUAUUUGUACAAGCUCUGCAUUUUUGGCAAGUCCCUCCGAUUAUGUAAUUCAUCUUGAACUGUAUGUAUUAUUUUAAACAUGUAAUUUUACUAUUACUUGGAUUAUAUAAUUUGUUGAACGGAAAUAAAUAUAUCUUAAUCUAAAUCUAUACUUAUUUUAUUGUUUGAGGAAAUUUGCUAAUUGUGAUAAUAAUCAUGAUUAAUUUCUCAAGUAUUUACAAAGUACAGUCAACGAUACCAACGUAAUAAUGUUGAUGAAAAUUAUUAUUAUUCUUUAAUCAAUGAAACUGAAAUUGCAAAACUUCACAAUACUUCACAUCUAUUUUCAGAAGAUCAUGUAGAGAAUGCUUAUUUCUUCAAAGGGCGUUUUAAAUGAUAUUUGGAAAGGUUCAAAUUAUAAUGUAUAAUAUUGAAUUGUGAAAUUAUGUAUUUUCUGAAAUGUAAAUGGUUGGUAUUCUCGUAGCAUUGAUUAUAAUUCAAAAGGUGAUGUCACCCUCUUGGUUUUAAAACAAGCAAAAACAAAGAAUAAUGUUGAUGAGAGUUUGCUGAAAAUCUACCAAAAAUGACGGAGUUCUGAAGUUUUUAACUUUUGUGACGUCACAUACGCUGUAAAAAGAUAUUGGGUAAAAUUUAAACCAACACGAGUGUAAUUAUGUGUCCAA